CGCUCGUAGAAGGCGCGAUACCGUGCGCCCGGAGCAAUGAAGCCGGAAUAACAUAUCGCGAAUUUAAAAGGUGGAUGUGUCAGGUUUUCAAAAGACGCCGGGAACGCGAUGCCUGUGGCGGGAUCCCCAGCAUCAGAGGGAAGGACAGGGGUAUUACUAUUACGCUUUAUAUCGGCAAAGUACUUGAAAGAAGCUUUCCGUUCCGGCUCGAGUAGGCUAGCCACUAUUGCCGCGAAAGCUGCACCUUGUGAAAAUCCAAAAACGCCAUCGAAGGGUCCUUCCUCAGCCAGCACGCGUGCGACGGCUUCAAAGCCCUCAUCUAGCCCGACGUAUUCUGGUGGGUUAGCUGUGCUGGAGCGUCGCCACCAUGCAUAACACUCGGGUUGGUCGGCAUCAUUGGCCUCUGUGCUUGCGGUGGAGGAGGGUUGGAAGUCUGGGAUGUCUGAAGGGGAUAGGUGGAGGGGUCCUGUUGGGUACGAGAGAGUGAUGGCAUGGAGGGGGAAAGAUUUUUUGAGAUGCUUUUCCAGCGCGCGGGUUUUAGCGCGGAAUAGAGGUCCUGAUUGAGUGUAUCCAUGUAGCAUGAGGACUUUUAACGGGGCUUUGGAUUGAGCGGGUGUUUGAGGCGCCAUGGUGAUCGCGGUGGAUGUGAAGUGUGGGUAAGUGGAUGGAGCAGGGCGGAAACAAUUCACGGGUAUUUGGUUCGUUCGUUAGAGAGCGGAUAUGUCUAGCAGCAUGGCUAUACCACAGCAUAUAUGGUAUAUGUUUUUUGAGGGAGGAUUGGAGGCGAAUCUUCAGACGAAUUAAAAGUGGACAGACUUCAAGGGGACAAUGGCCAUCAUGAUGAUGGAUAACGCUCAUCUGGUUUGACUGAAAUGUCAAAGAUCUCCAAAGAUCAAGAUAAGAUUAGGGUUGGAUGACUCAGCACCAUAUGUGACUACGCUAUAAACAAAAAACCUAUACAAAGGAGAGAGCGCGCCCUCUGGAAGAAGACGCCCUCGCGAGCAAGCCCAGAUGUCACCCAAAGAGUUGGGCUGAUAAGAUCAAUGCGACUAUUUACGCCCACCUGGGCAAGAAAGUUAUGCAAGCCCACCACUAUCUGGCGUCUCGCAUUGAUCGGCACAGUUUCCCAGCUACCACCUGGCUUCUGCUUGUUUUCUACUGCCCAUGCCCUUCACGGCAGAAAAUUGCCCCAGGCUGGUGUACCAUGGAAGUCCGAACCGCCUGCACCAUUUGACGACCUUUCCAACAAACAUGGAGCUUCCAAACUCAGUGACGUCCAGCAAUUGCUGCAACACCUACCCACAUCCGUACAGUGGGCAGAAGGACUCGAACCGAAGCUCCCUGAUGGCUUAGACCCAUCCGACCCGCUGAUGCCUUACUUGGACAUAUUAUUUAUUGUUGACCGCCUAAUCCCCCCGAAAACCGUCUUUCAUUUCUUUGAAUUUGCCUGUCGUGGAACGUUACCCAAUGGCAAAAAAACCGAACUGCCUGUCAUCUCCUCCGAAGAAAUACCACUAGUAGCUUCUCCCUACAGUGAAUGGGCCCUUCCGCCCCAUAACAAAAUCACAUUGCCCGUCAGCCAUAUGUUGAUGAGCAGGGUAGGUUCAGAUGAGGACCCCGGACGCCUCGCUCUAGUAGAGAAGCCAGUGCAUGCCAUGAAGGCCCGAUUAUGGGAAGGCAUACCUCCCAUAUCAGAACACCAAUGGAGACAAAAGGGUCUAGAUAAAGCAGAGAACUUCAACUACGCGUGCCAAUAUAUCGAAGCCGUUAUCUCCGCGUUUGAUUAUCUUAAUGUACCGCUGCAUAUCUCACACAUGCGCGAGACAUUCAAUUAUAUGUCCGAUCACCUGUCAGAGUUCGACGAGGCGUUGAAUAACAUCCGUCGGCGGGAUGGGAAGGAGCCCAAUAUUAACACGGCAGGGUUGUGGGCAGACUUUAUUCUUGCGAAGUACGAGGUCAUGACAGACCGUGCGCAUAGCUGGGUCAUUUCUCACGUCGAUGCACUGCGAGAGCCUCUGCUAAAUGAAAUAAAGGCGCAGGGGCCUUCUUCAGACGACACCAUAAGCCCGGAGCAGCUGGAUCUAGUGCAUAAACUGCGAAAGCUCGCCGGCCUCGCCGCGGAGGCCGACUACACCAUCUAUAUGUCCACGUAUGGGUACAAAAACAGCUCUGGACCAUCGCCGGGACGAAUGGGUGACUGGCGGAACACAGUUCUGGAGAAACGCCGUCAGACGUAUGUCAAUUCAUACGCAUAUUUUCAAAAGAUCAACAGUUUAACCAACGAGAUGCUUGCCAACCUGGCCGGUUAUUACCCCACAGAAUCCCCAGACGCGAGUCCCAAAAAGGAAAACGAUUUGCUCAAGGCCAUUGAGGGCCAAUUGCGGAUACAGGAUCAGCAGCGGCUCCGAGCGCGAUCGGACCCAAAUCCAGGACCCCGUGCGCCACCUGUAUGGAUCUCUGAUGUCACAUCUCGUAUCCGCGACAUUAAGAAUUUGGGGAAACCACCAAUGACAGAGGUUGGCUUUGCCAUUUAUAGGCUCAGCUAUGGCCAGAACGACGAUGGUGUUGAAUGGGCGGCUCUCAAGGAGGCUAUAGAGAAAGACCUAGCGUCUUGGGGCGAUGGUAUCGAUGGUGUAGAGGACAUUAAGCCAUUCCUGAAACUGAAAUGGUUUGAUGGACGAGAGCUUGGACUCGCGAAAGAUGAUAUCGAUGGUGCGAAGCGUCAUUUCAUCACUUUCCUCAAUACACUCACCCCUUCAGAUGGCAUCGACCAAAGCACGAUCCUCAUCAUCGACUCUGCCAGCCUAGCAUCCUACGCCAAACCCACCACCGACGACACCGAUGACACCGAAGACCACUUCCUCCUCGCCGUCGACGCCCAUUACGACCCGGCCGAGGGCAUCGAGCGGCCCGAAGAAUCCCCCGGCUACGUCGGUUCCAUGCGCAUCCUAACACGGCUAGUGUGGAGUGAGUUAUUUGCGCUGACGUAUAACCAGGUAAUGUGGUUGGAUGAACUGUGGCCGUUGGCCAUGGGACACCCGGAGCAGGUGUAUGUGGGAACGACGGUUGGUGAUUUAAGGUCGAGGUGGGCGGCUGCCAAGGUGGCUGGAGAUAGUGAGUUGAAAGCGCGUUUUGAGGCGGAGUGUAAGAGGAGGGAGGAGGAGGAGGUGAAGGCGUGGAGCAAGAAGAGCAGGGAGAAGGAGUUGUAAUUUUGGAAUUUAGGGAUGGUUGGGCAUUGCGAGAGGUGGCAUUGGGCAGUAUCUUUUUUGUAUUAGAGCAGUGACUAGUUAUGUGGCUUGCAAUAUAUCACUGCAUUAGUUACUCUUCUACAGUACGUACCAUAUGGAAGCCUUUAUCUUCGGGCCUACAGUAAGUGGGAGGGAUUUAUCCAGCACUGCCUGGCAUCGCGAAUGCACCACCCAGUCAAUCCUGCAGUCUAAAACUAUGCCUUGAAGAUUUAAAACCACACAGGAUUCCGGUAGAAGUCAAAUAAUCAAGUCUGCUUGAUUUUCAUGUUCAAACCAGUGUAC